GUGGUCCAGGCUUUAGGACGGGUCGAGGCAGGCUUUGCAGAUCUCUUCCAGAUUACUGCUAGUUAUUCUAAAGAAAAUUUUGAUCAAGAGCGUCAACUUUAUAACAAAAUAAUGUAGUAGCUUCAUUCAUUUUCAAAUGCUACAGUACAAACGAUGCAACAUAUGCGGAUUGAAUUUUACAAAUUACAGCCAACAUUCCUACCAAAAAUAUCAUAAACGUAAAAUAAAUGAUGGAAUAAAAAGAUUCAAAUUAAAAAAAAUUAAAGCGAAUGAACAAUUAAUUAAUAUGUCAUUUAUACCAAAGUCUGACUUAAAUAAAAAAUUUUGGUGUAUAUUUUGUAGUAAAGAUUAUGAAUAUAAUUAUAUUGUAAAUAAUUAUCAAAUCCUGGCUUUAGGAUUUUUCGAUCACAUAUCAAAAAUAAGGCACAUGAAGUUUGUUAAAAAAAUAUUAUUAGAAAAUGGAGAAGACAUGAAGGAUAUAAAUUCUUAUAUAAAUGAUAGGAAAUUGUUCACAGAGUAUGAAAAUGUUAUAAAUUCUAUAAUAACAAAAGCCAAUGAUCCAAUACAAUUAUUAAAAUAUACUCAAAGUUGUGACAAUUCAAUUUACGUCAGAAAAUCUUCUCCAAUAUUAUCCAAAAAAUUCGAAAAGUCUAUAAAACCAUUUGAUACAAAAAUAAUUAUGAAUAAAGAAAUUCUUCCACAUUUUAAAAAAAAAAAGAAAAAAAUUAUCCCUGAAAAUAAUGAUUUUAUACUCAGGCCAUAUGUUUCAAAACGAUUAACAAAACUUUAGGCAUGCUAAUAAAUAACUUACAUUAAUUAAUCUUAUAAAUUAUAUAUCAAAUUAUAAAUUUAAAUUAUAUAUAUCAUUUUAUAUUGUAAAUGCAUUUCAAUCUUAAUAAAAAAAAUUUUUUAAAUAAUCUUCAUAAAUUUUGUACCUUUAAUUUAUUCCAGAUGCACCAAUACCAAGUAGGCUCAAUAUUCAUA